AUGAAAACAUGUUACUAUGAGCUCUUAGAUGUGCAACCUUUUGCAGACGAUAAUGAGCUGAAAAAAGCAUACCGUAGAAAAGCUUUACAAUAUCAUCCUGAUAAGAAUCCUGAAAAUGUCGAGGAGGCUACUGAGAUAUUCGCAUCAAUAAGAGCUGCUUACGAAGUUCUGUCGGAUCCGCAAGAAAGAGCAUGGUACGACUCUCAUAAGGAACAAAUUCUGAAUGAUGAGCCCAUAGGGUUGAAUGAGGAUGGAGAGUUCGAAUACGAGGUUGAUGCUACAGUUACAGGUGUCACUACCGAUGAGCUUCUGAUGUUCUUCAACUCCUCUCUGUAUACCAGAGUAGAUGACACUCCAGCUGGACUCUUCCAAAUUGCAGGAAGAGUGUUUGCCAAAUUAGCUAAAGAUGAAGUGUUGAAUGGUAGAAGGCUAGGUCUCACAAAGCACAAUAUGUACAAAGAUGAUCAGUUUGAGCAAGACAUUAAUUCAGCUGGAUAUUCGAAGGCUUGUGAGCAGCAAUUCAAGGACUACGAAUUGGCUCCAGAAUCAAUGUUAUUCCCACCAUUUGGUCAUAGCUCAACAGACUAUGAGUACUUAAAAAGCUUUUACAAGAAGUGGUCGGGAUUCAAUACUUUGAAGUCUUUCAGUUGGAAAGAUGAGUAUGUAUAUUCCAGCAACUAUGAUAGAAGAACGAAAAGAGAGAUAAACAAGAGGAAUGAGAAAGCAAGGCAAAGCGCAAGGAAUGAGUACAAUAAAACCGUGAAAAGAUUUGUUGUGUUUAUCAAGAAACUUGAUAAAAGGAUGAAAGACGGAUUGAAGAAGUCUGAAGAGCUAAAGCGGUCAAAGGCACGUCAAAAGCAGAAGGAGUUGAAGGAUGCAUUUAACACAGAUAAAAAGACUAAGCUGGAGGGCGAAUUCGAGCCACAGAAUUGGCAAGCAAUCGAUGAGCAAAAUAUCAAAGAGAUGGAGAAACUAUACGAAGACUCGCAGGAUAGGGACGCAUUACAGGAUGCUGUCAUUGAAGAUUUCAAUGAGGAGGAGGAAGUGAUAGUUUAUGAUUGCUUCAUUUGCAACAAGAGGUUCAAAUCAGAAAAGCAGCUGGAAAAUCACUGCAAUACAAAAUUGCACAAAAAGAGAAUCGCGGAAAUACAAAAGGAAAUGAAGAAUGAGAGUAUGACCUUGGGACUAGACGAUCUUUCGGACUUGGAAGACUUCAGUUCAGCCGAGGAGUCCCUGAGUGCUGGUGCAAAUGAGAAGGAUGGAAGUGAGGACCAACAGACAGAUGAUGUCGAUGACGUUUCACUCAAGUCAAUUGACGAAGAACUGGCAAAGAUUGAGGAACAACUUGCGCAGAUGGAAAUGCAAAUAUCGGGAGACUCUGAAGGUGAUGUAGAGUCAGAUGAAACCACUGAAAUUGUGUCGUCAGAGGAAGAAGACGCAUUGUUGAACCAGUUACUGGCAUCAUUGAAUGGCGAAGCACAAGUCACCGAGGAAAGUUGGCAAGAUGACAAGAGACCAACAAAGCAAAAAUCAAAGAAGAAGAAGAACAACAAGAACAGCACGCCAGAACCAAAUUAUUCUGUAAAGAUGGCACCAACAGAUAGAGAGUCCUGCGGUACCUGCGGCGCACAGUUUGACAGCAGGAAUAAACUGUUCAAGCACGUUAAGGGCAAUAACCACGCUGCGCUACGCAGCGAGGUCAAGACUAAAAGUGUCAAAAAGAACAAGAAAAAGGCCAAGAAGUAG